AUGCUCAGGAGCUUCUGUCUCCAGCUCAUGUCCUUGGUUUGGAUCCUCUUGGCCCAUCACCAGCUUGCCCAAGGUGAUGACUGCAGUGAGCGCUGUAAUCUCGCCCACGGCUGCUGUGACCAGGAUUCCUCCUGCAGGUGCGACCCAGGCUGGGAGGGCGAGUACUGCGAGGAGUGCGUGCGUAUGCCAGGGUGUCUCCAUGGGACAUGCCACCAGCCUUGGCAGUGUAUCUGUCACACCGGCUGGGCUGGCAAGUUCUGUGACAAAGACAUCCACAUCUGUGAACACCAGUCCCCGUGCCAGAAUGGAGCUCAGUGCAUCUACGACCGAGACGGGGAAUAUUCCUGCCUAUGUUCAGAAGGCUUUCAUGGGAAGGACUGUGAGAUGAAGACAGGGCCAUGUGAGAAGGCAGGGUCUCCGUGCAAGAAUGGGGGGCAGUGUCAAGAUGAAAAUGGCUUUGCCAGCAACUUCACCUGCCGGUGCCUCGCUGGCUUUGUGGGGGAUCUCUGUGAGAAUGACGUGGACGACUGCCUGAUGCGUCCCUGUGCCAACGGUGCCACCUGCCACGAUGGGAUCAACCGCUUCUCCUGCCAGUGCCAGGUGGGCUUCGAAGGGCGUUUCUGCACCAUCAACAUCAACGACUGUGCCAGCCAGCCAUGCAAAAACGGGGCAAAGUGCUACGACCGAAUCAACGACUAUGACUGCUUGUGUCCUGACCAUUUCACUGGCAAAACCUGUGAGAUCUCCAUCCCCGAGCCCACCUGGGCUCCCCCCUACCACCCUGUGAACCAUGAGAAUGGCGGGGGUGUGAAAAGCACCACCAGCGAGAUGCCAGGGGUGACGCAGCCGGAGCCUGUCAGGACCGUGGUCACGGGGCGGCGUGUGGCCAACCACAGUGAGAAAGAGCCGGGGGGAGGGUUGUUGAAAAUCUCUGUGAAGGAGGUGGUGACCCAAAGGGACUCGGGGCUGACUGAAGCCCAGCUGGUGACAGUGCUGGUGUUCGGGGUGCUGACGGCCGUGCUGGUCCUCAUCACCGUCCUGCUAAUGCUGAGGAACUGGCAGAGGGGCCGUCAGAGGUCAAACUGGUGCCAAAGCCCUUCACAGGCUGCAAGGAAGCUCCAAGACCAGGAGUGUCAGGUGGGCAUGCUCAACACCGUCCUGAUCGAGCCCAGGAAGACGACAGAGCUGUGA